AUGCCAUCUCAAGAGAUAGGGGCUCCUAUUCCCAACGUUCCCCACGCUGUACUGGUAACAUUACCCACAUGGGAAGCUACCGUGGGUUAUGAAGAAGGAGAAGACUGGGUAGUCUCGAAGAUGAACCUGGGAUACCCUCGGUUUUUUAUUCAUCCAGUGAUCCAGCAGUUGGCGGCUGAACUUGAAGCCAAAUACGGCCGUGAUGGCGAAAAGGCCAUGAUAUUUCCCAGCUCAAAGGUUGCAAAGCGUUGUCGGGAUUUCGUCAAGGAAAAGCUGCCGCGGACACCCAAUGUAAGAGUUUUACAGUUGGCUACUCCAGGUCCUGUUACAGAAGAAGAAAAGCUGAAAGUAGUCGCUGCCAAUAUUGGUGUGGUAUUUGUGCCGUCUCGUGAUUAUGCUUUUGCUAAAAACUAUUGGCAGCAUCUGGGUGAAGGUAUCUCUUCAAGAAUGGCUGAGUACGUUUUACGUGAGCUCUUCAGUGAUUCAGCACCCGUUCCUUCAGGGAACCACAAUCUUAAGCAGGCUUUGCAAGUUAAGCUGAUCCAGCAAAAACUGCCACUGCUUCUGUUUGGAUCUCUGCAAAAAGAGGAGAUGGAAAAGGAAUACACUGCAUUUAUUGAGCAAAAGUUUGGUCGAGUGCUCGAUCUCAAAUUCGGUGACAUGGCAAAAACUGCACUCAAACGAAGAAUCUGUGGUCGAGUUGAGGAACUGGGUGACGCCAAUUCGUUGCCUAAAAGCCGUCAUCAUCUUUCCGAAAAGGAUAUCUAUUUAUACCCUCUGGGAAUGGCAUCGAUCUUCAAUGCUCAUCAAGCGCUAUUACAUGUCACUGAACCAAAAGAACUGGUGUGUUUUGGAUUUCCUUACGUCGACACUUUAAAUAUUUUGAAAAAGUUCGGGCCGGGUGUUCACUUUUUGGGCUUUGGUGAUGAUGCCUCCUUAGACGAGUUGGAAGAAAAUCUCAAGCUGGGAAAGUGGAAUAUCAUGGCUUUGUUUUGUGAAUGUCCAUCAAAUCCCUUACUCAAAACGCCUAAUUUGCAAAGAAUUCGCGAACUAGCUGAUAACUUCAACUUUGCUGUGGUAGUCGACGAGACAGUCGGUAACUUUUUGAAUAUCCACGUGUUGCCUUUUGCUGAUUUGGUGGCAUCAUCUCUUACCAAGGUGUUUUCCGGCGAUCUGAAUGUUAUGGCAGGUUCGCUUAUUCUCAACCCUGACCUGAAAUACUACCCGGCACUUCAAAAGUAUUUCAACGAAGAGUUCGAAGAUCUUUUCUGGGUGGAAGAUGCCUUGUACCUUGAACGCAACUCGCGAGACUUCGUUCAACGGGCUCACAAGAUUGAUACCACAGCUAAAAGCGUGGUCAAACUCUUGCAAAACUCCGAAAGCAUUUCUAAAAUCUACUAUCCUCUGGUCAAUGAUACUCGCCAUUAUUACGAUCAAAUUAAGACUCCCGAAGGCGGUUAUGGCGGUUUGAUUUCCUUUCUUUUCCACAACCCCGACCAUGCAGUUCGCUUUUUCAAUUCAGUUAACCUUCAUAAAGGUCCUUCUUUGGGUACCAACUUUACGUUAGCAUGCCCUUACGCAAUCUUAGCCCAUUAUCAAGAACUUGACGAAAUUGCUCACUGGGACGUUGAUCGUAACUUAAUACGUAUCAGUAUUGGAUUAGAGGAUCCUGAGGAUCCCGUUUACGCUCCCUUUUUUGGCUCGAUUGGUUGCGUUGCUGCCAUCGUUUUCACUUGUUUCGGUGCCUCGUAUGGUACUGCUAAGUCAGGUGUAGGUAUUUGUGCCACCGCUGUCACCAGACCCGACUUGAUUGUCAAGAACGUUGUUCCCGUUAUUAUGGCUGGUAUCAUUGCCAUUUAUGGUUUGGUGGUGUCGGUUUUGAUUUCGGGUGACUUGAAGCAAAAUUCUUACGCCUUGUUCACUGGCUUUAUUCAAUUGGGUGCCGGUUUAGCUGUCGGGUUGUCCGGUUUAGCUGCUGGUUUUGCCAUCGGUAUUGUGGGUGACGCCGGUGUUAGAGGUACUGGUCAACAACCUAGAUUGUUUGUGGGUAUGAUUCUUAUCUUGAUUUUCGCCGAAGUGUUGGGGUUGUACGGGUUGAUUGUGGCUUUGUUGAUGAACUCGAAGGCUACUCAAGACGUUAAGUGCUAA